AUGGCUGAGAUCCUUGGCCGAAUUUUCAACGGACAGCAGAAGCUCCAGGAGACUGUGGCACGCUUCGAGCAGUCAGCAGCCAGUGAAGACACGGACGAGAGCACUAUGCUGCACAAGGCCUGCCGCAGUGGAGAUGCUGCGGCUACCGCAGCCAUCCUCGCCCUUACAAGCGGGGCAGGACAGAUGUCUCGUGACGGUCAGGGCUUGUUGCCAGCGGACCUGGCGAUUCUGCACGGCCAUCCUGCAGCAGCAGCUGCGGCCCUCCGUGGCAUGCCGCUCGGGGAGCUGAACACAUUGUCCUUGCUGCUGCUGCCGCUGCUGCUCCCGACCGGAGCACGCGCCGCGCCGGAGCAGGCCUCCCUGGAAGCAGGGCUUCGAGCUGCCUCCGCCACCGGCCGCGAGGCAGCUGUUCGGCUCCUUCUGGAGUCUCGCGCUUCCGUGAACGCGGCCCAGGAGGAUGGUGCUACUGCCUUGUUGCUCGCCUGCCGCCCUGGCCACUGCGAUGUGCUGACAGCCCUGCUGGCCGCCCGCGCAGACACCAACAGGGUGGCAGCCAGUGGGCGCGCUCCCCUGCAUGCCGCUGCGGAGACAGGCAGAACUGAGAUGGUGAGACUGCUACUGCAGAGUCGGGCCAACGCAGAGGCUUUGACGACGAAGAGCGCGAGCAGCCCGCUUGCUUUAGCAGCGCGUGCGGGCCAUUUAGACUGUGUGCAGGAGCUCCUUGCAGCCCGUACCGACCCGACUGGUGCCCAUAGGGCUGCACAGGGCUCGCCCGCCUGGCCACCACUUCUGGCGGCCGCGCAGCACGGCAGGGACGACGUGGUUGCACUGCUGCUGGAUGCAAGAGCUUCCCCGAGCGUGACGUCGUCUUCCCCGCUGCACGAAGCUGCUCGGCGCGGCCAUGCGCAGACAGCCCGACUUCUGCUGUCACGUGGUGCCGAGUUAGAGGCGCGCAAUGACCAGGGCGCUACGGCUUUGCACCUCGCUGCGCAACAGGGUCGAGCAGAGGUGGUGCAGCUUCUGCUGGACUGCGGGGCAUCCUUAGGCGCUUCUACGAGUGCUGGGGCAGUGGCCCUCCAUGCUGCAGUUCAACUCCAACACCUGGAAGUCGCCAAGCUGCUGCUGGAUGCCCGAGCCGAUCCGGAGCAAGCGGUGGCUAGUGACGGCAGUGGUGGCGGCUGCCGUUGCCUGCAUCUCGCAGCCCAGCAGGGCUUCUACGACUGUAUCCAGCUUCUGGUGUCGGCCCGUGCCAACCCGAGCGCAGAGAUGCGUGGAGGUUUUGCGCCUUUGGCCCUGGCAGCGCGCUCUGGGCAUGCUGAGUGCUGUCGAUUGCUUCUGGACCUUUCCAGGGCACAAGGUGAACUGAAGGCUGUCGAUGCCCCAACUGCCACGGGCUGGACACCACUGCUGCUGGCGGCGAAGGCCGGGCAUGUGGCAGCCGUGAGGCAACUCUUGGACUCUGGAGCCUCGGUGAAUCUCCCGAGCCGUCGCGGCCGCACUCCGCUGAUGGUGGCAGUGGAGGCCUGUCAGGUGGAAGUGGCCGAGGUCCUGCUUCAGUUCGGGGCAGCGCUGUCGCCGACGCUGCCCGGCGGGUGGACUGUUCUGCACCUGGCCUGCCACGUGCCUGGCAAUCGGACGACGAUUCAACAACUUCUGCGUGCCCGUGCAGAUGCCAAUGCGCUGACAGAGGAGGGUUGGGCACCGCUACACCUUGCCGUGCAAAGCCGGGACGAGUCAAACGUGCAGACGUUGCUUGCGGCAGAGCCGCUUGAGCCUCUGAGUGCAGUCUGGGGUGUCCCGCUGUCGCCGCUGCACGUCGCCGCGGAGGCCGGAUCUGUUGGGAUCGUCCUGUUGCUCCUGCAGAGCAAGGUGGUCCCUGUGGAUGCAGCCGGCCCCAGCUCCGACGUUUGUGGCAGCAGCUUGUAG